AUGUUACAGCUGCAUUUUGCCAAGGGCAGGCGGGCCUUCCUGGUCCUGAAGCGCCUCUCAGUAUACCCUGCCGCUUUCCAGAGCACCCAGCAUGUGGAAUACAAGCCCAUCAAGAAGGUGAUGGUGGCCAACAGAGGGGAAAUUGCAAUCCGGGUGUUUCGAGCCUGCACCGAGCUGGGCAUCCGGACAGUGGCUGUCUACUCAGAGCAGGACACGGGUCAGAUGCACAGGCAGAAAGCGGACGAGGCCUAUCUCAUUGGCCGGGGGCUUCCCCCAGUCCAGGCCUACCUGCACAUCCCAGACAUCAUUAAAGUUGCCAAGGAGAACGAAGUGGAUGCUGUCCACCCUGGCUACGGCUUCCUCUCCGAACGCUCGGAUUUUGCCCAGGCCUGCAUUGAGGCUGGUGUGCGAUUCAUCGGGCCCAGCCCUGAGGUGGUGCGCAAAAUGGGGGACAAGGUGGAAGCUCGUGCCAUCGCCAUCAGUGCAGGAGUGCCUGUAGUUCCCGGGACAGAAGCCCCGAUUUCCUCUCUCAACGAGGCGCAGGAAUUCUCCAACACUUACGGAUUUCCCAUCAUCUUCAAAGCGGCCUACGGCGGAGGAGGGCGGGGGAUGCGAGUUGUGCGUAGCUAUGAGGAGCUGGAGGAGAACUACACCCGGGCGUACUCCGAGGCCCUUUCCGCUUUUGGGAAUGGAGCUCUCUUUGUGGAGAAGUUCAUUGAGAAGCCGAGACACAUCGAGGUCCAGAUUCUGGGUGACGCGUACGGGAACGUGGUCCACCUGUACGAGAGGGAUUGCUCCAUCCAGAGGCGGCACCAGAAGGUGGUGGAGAUAGCGCCUGCCGCCCACCUGGACUCCCAGCUGCGUUCCAAGCUUACCAACGACGCCGUCAAGCUGGCCAAGCAGGUUGGGUACGAGAAUGCCGGCACGGUGGAGUUCCUGGUCGACAGACAUGGCAAGCAUUACUUCAUCGAGGUCAACUCUCGGCUCCAAGUAGAACACACGGUGACCGAAGAAAUCACAGACGUCGACCUUGUCCAUGCCCAGAUCCAUAUCUCCGAGGGGAAGAGCCUGCCCGAGCUGGGCCUCAAGCAGGACAAUGUGCGGAUCAACGGCUGUGCCAUACAAUGUCGGGUCACCACUGAGGACCCUUCUCGCGGGUUCCAGCCUGACACAGGCCGAAUCGAGGUGUUCCGGAGCGGCGAGGGCAUGGGGAUCCGCCUGGACAGCGCCUCGGCCUUCCAAGGAGCCGUCAUCUCCCCGCACUACGACUCGCUGCUGGUGAAAGUCAUCGCUCACGGCAAAGACCACACGACGGCGGCUUCCAAGAUGAGCCGGGCCUUGGCAGAGUUCCGGAUCCGUGGCGUCAAGGAUCACUCGGCCACUGGGAAAACUGGUGUGGGAUUUGAGAUUCACUGGUGGCACAUUGCCUUUGUGAAC